UUUAUGUUAUCAGGAAACUUUUGACAUUUUCUUUUCCCUUUUAAUAUUGAAUCCCUAAUUUCAAUCAACUCAUUUUUUUAAUAGUAAUACGGUACCAAAGUUACGAGAAAUUUUCUAAUUUAAUUGCUAUCUUUAAUUAAAAAAAUCAUGACCUAAUUUCAGUUAUUGUUUCUAUUACAGCGAAGAAGCGAGUACAAACAGCAGUGAAAUAACAAGAGCUUGCAUAGAUGAGGAAAUAUCAUCAGAUAAUCUUUACUUCCAUUGAGAGAGAUGGUCAAUUUCCAGUCAGAAUGGGAGGAGAAAAUCGUUUAUAAAGCAUAUGAGGACAGUGGGGAGCGCUAAUAUUGGCCAAUGUGUCAAUAAUAUCUUGAGAAGAUUAAUGAUUGAUGAGCUGGCCAAGAAAUUCUCAUAUACUGGCCGUGCAUUAAACGGGAACACAAAAACUCCAUUUCAUGGGAGUGAGAUAUCGAAAUGCAUACUGAUUGCUGUUCAAACGUUUUUUGGUGACAUUGCAAUUGAAGUGAAAUAUGGAUCGUUGGCGUCGAAAUGGUUUCAACAAGCCAGAACAAGGUUGUUGAGAAGGACCAAGAGCAGAGAGACUACGCCUCAUGAAGCUCAAAUCGAGGACGAUAGCAGUUCAAAGUAAAAAUAUAUAAUAAGUUAUAAAUUAAAAGUUCAAUUUUUGUAAUAUUUAAUAAAAAUCAUUGCAUUUUAUUGAAAA